AUGAUGAAACUUGAUUCAUGAAGUGCUAAUUUGCAAUCUUUUCCUGGGCUUAUGCUGCUCUUGGAAUGCUAAUAUUAGUACAGUAUGUUGUGUUAAUUUUAACACUUGGAAUGUUGAUUCCAACUUCCAUGUGUGUCUGUAAUUUACAAUAAAUUUAUCUUACUGAUCAUUCAACAUAUAAUACAUAGUAAGCAUGCAUUGUGGUGGCUCUUGUUGUGUUAAUUAGUUGAUACACAUUUCAGUAUUCAUGCAGUUUAUCAUAGUGGUAAAGAAUCUCUACACAAGAUUCCUAUCACACCAUUAUUAGCACAUUAUUACAAAUAGACUAAAUACGUAGACAGUGGCUUUUAACUGGAGCUAGCUAUUGUUGACAAAAUCAUUCAAAGAACUGAUAACUGACUGUAGUAACUGCCCUAUAUCUUAAAAAUGCAUUUCCAUACUGAUGGUAACUAUUCUUUUCCUGAAGACUUCAAUGGGCCAUUGAUAGCAGCUGCACUUACUGUUGAAUUCAUAGGAGCAUUGGUUGCUAAUGGUAUUGUCCUCAUUGCUACUCUUAUUCAAUAUAAAUCCUUAAAGGUUUUAUCUACAAUGCUCUUUACUUCACUCAUUAUCAUACACCUUAUAAUAUCUGUCCUGUUUAUUCUGCUUUGGAUCAUAUCAGCAGCAAGUGAAGAAUGGAUCUAUGGAACAACAAUAGAACAAAAAAUAGCAGCUUGUACAUUUCAUGGUUGUGUCCUCAACUAUGGAAUAUGGAUUAUUUUUGGUACAAUAACUGCUAUGUCUGUUGAUCACUGUAUCUUUAUUGUCAAACCUAACUUUUAUAAAAGAUUUAUGAAACCAAAGGUAACUCUGACCUUAAUUGCUUUGAUUUGGGUAGUAGCUCUAAUUCUUGAUACUGCACCACUUUAUGGUUUUGGAGAGGUUGCAUAUGAAGAAUAUGGAGCUUGUGUACCACGAUUUGAAGGUGAAAUCACUUACGUUGUCAUCACAAUGACACUUGUCAUCAUGCAAAUAUGUAUCAUCAUUGUCACCUCAACUUGGAUCUAUUGCUUCACUCAUAAGUUCAUUCAAGAACACUCUCAACUAGCAGAUGAUGUCUACGUGUCUAGGAACAGAAGAUUGGUUGGUAUAUUUUGUGCCAUGCUCAUUGGAUAGAUAAUCUGCUUCCUUCCUCCUGUGGUUGUUACUUUUUUGAGUCAAAUUUUUGAUUUAACAUGGAAACAUUAUAUAGCUGGACUUAUCCUUUUCUUAAUGGUGAAUAUUGUCAACCCAGUUAUCCAGUCAUACUUCAGGCCUGAUAUAAAGGAGGUACUAGUUAAAUUUUAUCGUAAAAUUCGAAAGCAGAGUUCAUCCAAUAAUGCAAUAGUACCCAUGCAAGUUUUGCCGAUUUCUAGUAAUACGGAAACAUUGUGAUCAAGAAAGAAGAAUUUAGUUCACAUUACAAUAGUUAUUUUAGUACAGUGACAUGUUUUGUUAUGUCAAUUUUUCACUUGGAAUGCUAAUUCCAAGUUUGUUUGUAUCUUGAAAUACUAA